CCCUUGCUUCCAUUAUAGAAUCACUUGUGUGUACUUUUUAUAUUGUCGCCCAGUCCUUGUUUUGCUUGCUGCUCCUCAGUCACUCAUAAUGGCGCGCGCUGUUGGUCUUGCUGCCGUGUGUGCUGCUGCUCUGUUUGCGCUGGUGCUCCUCGCUGCCGAGCGCUCCACCGCCAUCCCCGUGCGUGUUGCGACGGAUGCCACUGAUCUCCCGUACGACCCGAACCUCGCCAACAUCAUGACCACGUUCUCUGCGUCUGCGUACUGCCCGCCGGCCCAGCUCCAGGCCUGGAACUGCCCCUCCUGCGUCUCAAACCCGCUCAUCAAGGACUUUUCCGUUUCAGCCGUCAUCACCGACGCCGUUCUUGGCACCCAAGUCUACGUCGGCACUCUGGACGCCAUCCAAGGCAUUCUCGUGGUGUUCCGUGGCUCGUCCAACAUCCAGAACUGGAUUGACGACUUUUACUUUUUCCAGACCGACUUUGCGUACCCCGGCUGCCCCUCGACCUGCCGCGUGCACCGCGGAUUCUACGAUUCGUACAACAGCACCGUGACCAAGGGCCUCCUGACGGAGCUUGCCAAGCUCAAGACCAGCCAUCCCACGUACACAACCUACGUGACUGGUCACUCUCUCGGCGCUGCGCAGGCCGUGUUUGCUGCCAUUCAGCUCGCCGUCGACUAUGGCCACAACGUCGUCAUGUACAACAUGGGAGAGCCCCGUGUGGGCAACAAGGCCUUUUCGCAGUACUUUGGCAUCCACGUCCCGAACACGUACCGCAUUGUCCACUACAACGACAUUGUGCCGCAUCUGCCCCCGCAGUUCAACCACACUGUGGAGGAAUUCCACCACAUCUGCACCGAGUACUUCCAGGACCAGAACGAUGCCAACGUGCGCAAGUGCGACUCGUCGUGCGAAGACCCCACAUGCAUGGACUCGAUUCCGGCGACCCACUACUCUGCCGAGGCCCAUACCGUGUACCUCACCAUUCCCAUGGAGUGCUAAGCUGCGGUGUGCGAGCGAGUACCUGUUGAUAAAUAGUUGCAGUGUGUUUUGUGUUUGUCAGUGAAUAGCAAAAAGAGCGCACAUG